CCCGUGACUCCACAGCAUUAACUUAAACGCACAUGUCGGGUGUGUUGUGAGGAUUGUUGCAGCGUUUAACGAAGCGGUCCCCCCGGUACCGGCCGCUCUCGUCCCCCCCGGUACCGGCUGCACUUUGACGACACCAGGGACGAUGCGAUAAGUGUCCCGUACACGAGAGACGGCCUGCGAUUCACUUCUAGUGCAGAAAACGCUCCCGGUGCAGCUGACUGUUACCGACCACCGGCCUGAAGGCUUUGCGGCUCGCCCGGCGACACCAUGAGCUCCAAGGUGUGCAAGAACUGCGGCGGCUCGGACAUCGACGUGGACCAUGCCCGCGGCGACGCCGUCUGCAUGACCUGCGGCUCGGUGCUGGAGGACAACAUCAUCGUUUCCGAGGUGGAGUUCGUGGAGACGGGGGGCGGAGCCUCGUCGGCCGUGGGGCAGUUCAUCGCCGCUGACGCUGGAGGCGUCAACCCGUCCUUUGGGGACAACCACUUCUCUGGGAUGGGGAGGGAGUCCCGCGCUCAGACCCUGCAGAAAGCGCGACACAACAUCAACACGCUGGGUCACCAGCUGCAGAUGAACAAACACUGUCUGGACACGGCCCUGAACUUCUACAAGAUGGCGCUCAUGAAGAACCUGACCCGCGGGCGCAAGAACUGCCACGUGGUCGCCGCCUGCCUCUACCUGGUGUGCCGCACCGAGGGAACGCCGCACAUGCUGCUCGACCUCAGUGACAUCGUGCAGGUGAACGUCUACGUUCUGGGGAGGACCUUCCUCGUCCUGUCCAGAGAGCUGUGCAUCAACGCCCCAGCUAUAGACCCGUGUCUCUACAUUCCCCGCUUCUCCCAGCUGCUGGAAUUUGGGGAGAAGAACCACGACGUGUCCAUGACGGCGAUGCGGCUGGUGCAGCGGAUGAAGAGGGACUGGAUGCACACGGGCCGGAGGCCCUCGGGGCUCUGCGGCGCAGCUCUUCUGGUCGCCGCUCACAUGCACGACUUCCGCCGCACCGUCAAAGAAGUCGUCAGCGUGGUGAAAGUGGGGGAAACCACGCUGAGGAAAAGACUGACGGAGUUUGACGCCACGCCCAGCAGUCAGCUGACCGUCGAAGAGUUCAUGAAGAUGGACCUGGACGAGGAGUGCGACCCGCCCUGCUUCACCAGCGGGCUGAGGAAGAUAAAAUACAAUCAGCUGGAGAUCGAGCUGAAGAAAAGGAUGACUGACGUGGAAGAGGAGAUCCUCGGCUACCAGGACGAAAUAGACGCAGAGAUCGAGAGCUGCCGGCCCAAACUGAGAGGAGUUUACGCCGCCUACGCCAGAGAAGACGCUCACAGAGACGACGAUGACGUCUCCACGGCGGCGGGCGGCGAGGAGUUGGACGACGAGGACGUGCUGCAGGCCGUGGCCAAGCACUUCGGCAAAGACCUGGGCGAGCUCACGCUGGAGGCCCUGAUGAAACUGGAGCAGAGGAAGCCGGGGCAGGAGGAGGAGGUGGAGGAGGAGGAGGAGGAGCUGGAGGGGGACGUCCUGAAGAGAAAAGCCCCGUCGCUGCUGUCCAUCCUGGGCCCGAUGCCCACGGCGGCCUCCCUGCGCCUCCCGGAGGGCUUCGGCGACGGGAAGGAGGACGAUGAUGAUGACGCCGGCGAGCUGGACCUGAGCGGGAUCGAUGACCGCGAGAUCGAGCUGUACCUGCUGAGUGACCAGGAGAUCCAGGUGAAGACGGCGCUGUGGAUGGCAGAAAACGCCGACUACCUCAAAGAGCAGAAAGAGAAGGAAGCCCGGAUAGCGAAGGAGAAGGAGCUCGGCAUCUACAAAGAGAAGAAGGCUGCCGCCGCCGGCGAAGCCCCGCCCCCUCCCGCCGGCGCCGGCGUGGUGGUGGAGAGCGGGCCGGUGGUCUACGAUGACGCGGCCGGCGAUGAGGAGGAAGACGAGGAAGAGGAGGCCUGUGUCAGCGCCAUGGAUCUGCUGGGCAGCAACGAUGUGUCUCCUACAUGCACCAUCAUCAUCAUCAUCAUCAUCGUCGUCCUCUUCCUCCCCACAGAUUAUGGCAGCGACGCCGACUACGACGACUGA